GAGAUGCGACUCGCGCCCCUGAGCGCCCAGACCUUGGACCCCGAAAAGCGCCGCCAGGUCCGUCGAAUUGGGUUCAACACGAAAGCGCGCAUGCAGCUUGUGGACGGGCGCCUGCACCGGCAUGGGAUCAUGGCUGCCGGGUUCCGGGAGGGCCGGACGGCCUGGGAGGGCCGCGUCUCUGGCUCCAUCGCGACCGGCACGGCGUCGUGCAUGUGGGUUGCCGUGCAUAUCUUCACGGUCAACAACCAGGCGGAGCUCCUGGUCUUCACCGACGCGAACUACUACGACGCGAUCGAGGGGCCGAGCUCCAAUGCAGCGGCGGCGGAGUACCCAGAGGCAUUCGACCUCGUUGACGUCGCGACGUUUCUGGGGAACGUCGAGCCAACUUGGUUCGGGACUUCUGGCCAUGACAAGUGCUCCGACCAUAUUUGGGCAUCGGCAGCUUGGAUUCGCCGCGCCCUCGACUGCGGGGUGCUGCAGGAAUCGAUCUCUUUCAGUGACCAGGAGGGCCACCUCCCAGUUUGGGCGCAGAUCUGCUACGAGGUUUUUGUCUCUGGUGCCUCAACCGACCGCCGCCUCGUGGACCUGGCCAU